UUCAUUUAUAUUGCGUACGAUCGAGGCACACAAACUCUGAGAAGGUCCAAUUUUUUCAGAGAUUUAUUCAUACGUCGAUGGAAGGUAAAACUGUGGAUUCUAUUAGCUUGAAAGCCGUGGUAGAUGAGAAGAGGAACAAACUUGUCUUCGUCGAAUCAGACGAUGAAUUUGUCGAUGUUCUCUUCAGUUUCUUGACAAUGUCUCUUGGUACCAUUAUCAGACUUGCACAAGAGCGCUCAAUGCCACUGACGAUGGGCUGUGUGAACAAUUUGUAUGAAAGUGUGAAAAAUAUGGAUCUGCACCAUUUUCAUUUCCACAGUGAAGCUGGUAAACUCAUGUUUUCAAGUCCCCGCAGUGAGGCUGAAAAUAACUGCAUGAACCUUAAACUGAAAAUCGACAAUACAGACAAUACAGAGCGUAAAUUAUUCACCUGCAGGUUGCAUUGUGGAAACUAUAGUUAUAGUCAUUACAGAGAUGUCUUUUGUAAAUGCGGACGUCCCAUGAAUCGGGAAUUGCUUAUCACAAAGAGUGUGGUCAGAAAGCGCGAAGGCGUGUUUGUUAAUGGAAUGGCAAGAUUUAUAAUUAGUGAUGGGCUACAAGUGAUGCAUAUGUCUAGCUUAGAGAGCUUCUCUUUAUUGGCCAAGCAUGAUAUAACGGAUCACAUGUGUAACGCGCACGAAAGGACCUUCAAUGUUGGAACAGAAGAGGUUUUGAAUUUGCUCAUAUGCUCAUUGCAAUCAAGGACACCUUUGACAGAAGUCUUUCUGAAGAAUAAAGGUGAUCUGCCGGACGUGAACAAAAAUAGUCCUAGCCUUAACCGAGAUGAGCUAACCAAUCAAAUAAAGGAAGAGGACAUGCAAGAGAAGGAUGAAAAGAUUUCAGUGAAAUUAAUGAUUAGCAAAUCUAAGAAACGGGUUUGUUACGCAGAAGCAAAGAAGGACUUCGUUAAUUUAGUCUUGAGUUUUCUAACCGUUCCACUUGGGCAUAUUGCUGGAAAAUUACGUGACACCAAUUCUUUUAAUGGAUGCAUAGACCAAUUGUACAAGAGUGUUAAGGAUCUUGAUGAGCAACUUUUCAAGUCAAAUCACCACAAGGAAAUGCUAGUCAGUCCAAGCCUUGCCUUUGGGUUUAGCUAUAAGAAUGAUCUAUUAGGGAUUAAGUCUGCACCCACAAAUUCUGAAUAUCAUGGCCUUACGCCUAUCGAUGCUAAAUCUCACAAUACAGUUGAUGGUAAAAGUGAUGAAGGUAUUUUAACGGGAGUCUCGACGAUGUUCAUAGUGACAGACAGCUUGACCGUCACUCCUAUUUCGUCGAUUUUUUGCAUGUCCAUUCUCAAAGAAAUGAAGGUACCCAUCAGUGACAUUGAAGCGCAAGUUGUGCAUGUGGGCAAAGAGGAGGCUGUGCGUCUCUUACUGUCUUCAUUUGUUUCGGAAUCUGCCCUUACCAAUACUUUCAUCAGGGACCCAAACCGGAAACCAAGUGCUCGUUGACUAAUUUGUCAAGUUUUUGCAGAAAAGAAGGGAAUGUAAUCUGCGUUUUUUGAACUGAACCUAUUGUAUAAUAUUGAUGUUGCUUUGGUAUUAGCUUUAUUUGCAACAGCUUAUGUGUACUUGAUGAUCUGCUAAGACUGUUUAUCUCUAUCUGUGACGACCCUAACUUCUGAUCGUCAUCCUAUACUCAUAUUUAGCAUUUCUUAACCUCUAUG